GUAGCGGGUGGGUGUCGGGUCAGCCGUAUCGCUCCCUGGACCCGCGGCGCGUCAAGGUGAGACGACACCUGGUGAGGCAACACAACCUGCUGCGCGCCAACGUGGACCCGCCCGCCGCCGACAUGCUGGCUGUGAAGUGGUACAAGACGGCGGCGGAGCAGGCGCAGGCGUGGGCGGAGCAGUGCGGCCACCACAGCCACCCCGAGCACCCGAGUGUGCGCUGGACCUCCAACUACGGCGCGUGCGGCCAGAACGUCUUCGUCUCGCCCGCCAAGAAGCGAUGGACGCAGGUUCUGGAGCACUGGUGGAGCGGCAAGAAGGAGUUCCACUACGGCGGGGACAACAACAGCACCGCCGUGGCCGCCUACACCCAGAUGGCGUGGUACAACUCGCACCAGGUCGGCUGCGGCUUCUCGCAGUGCUCCGCGCCCGGCGGCUCCACCUUCUUCAGAUACGUGUGCAACUACUGCCCCGUCGGGAACGACCCCACGCGGCUGGACCAGCCUUACUCUGAGGGGUCGGCGUGCAGCCUGUGUCCGGGGGCGUGCCGCUCCCUGUGUCCGCGGCGCAGCUGUCCUCUGUGCACCAACGCCUGCACCUACUCCGACCUGUGGGUGAACUGCGCGGCGCUGGACCAGCAGUGGCACGAGUGGCUGUGCAACACCAAGACUGCCAACGGCGUGGAGCGCUUCAAGAACUGCCGCGCCACCUGCCAGUGCGUCAACGAGAUCACCUGAGCGGCGCCGCGCGAGGCUUCAUCCCGGACUGGUGAACCGUCGCCGCGGCCGUGUCUCGGCCGUGGCUGUGAACAGCUGAGUGAUGAACUCGUGGAUUGAGCACUGUGCGAUGUAGACAUUUAUUUCCAUAUCUGUAAAUAUUUCACGCUGUCCUGCUCUCAUUAAUCCCCCGCCAAACACGUGUGGCAUGCGGCAAGGCGAGCACCGUGGCGCCCGGCGUGAGUCUCCAGGACAGACAAACAGAGGCGUCUUGGCGAGGUGUGUGGAGCAGCGGCAGGGCGGUGCUCGGCCACCGUCAGGUGCAACAGCACCUUCAGAACCAUCAGCAGCAGGCUGCGCCGACGGGAGGUGUGUGAGGCGGCGGCAGGUGUUGAACAAAAGUCGUGCAGGUGUCCUGCUUCCGCCUGGACGUGUGUCGUAGACUGCAAAGGUUGGGGCAGCAGGGGAGGCGUCGCUCCGCCCCUCCCCGCGACGCCCAACCCCGCCCCGCCCCGCCCUGCCGCGUCAGGACGAUGCCGCGGCCGCAAAGGUGACCCUGAGCGAGGGUGCGGCAGGGCGGCCCCGAGGCCCCGCGGCGGCGGCAGACUGUUGUUGUGGACACACUGACCUGCCGCAGCCAACCUUUGUGUGUGAGGCGGCGCCGAGACGACCACCACCGAGUGUGUGUGUUUGGCGAGGCGACGUGAGGGCGUCCGGCGUGCGUGUGUGUGUGUGUGUGUGUGUGUGUGUGUGUGUGUGUGUGGUUGAACUUCGCCCUGUGUGUGUGUGUGUGUGUGUGUGUGUGUGUGUGUGUGUGUGUGUGUGUGUGUGUGUGUGUGUGUGUGUGUGUGUGUGUGUGUGUGUGUCUGAACUUCGCCCUGUGUGUGUGUGUGUGUGUGUGUGUGUGUGUGUGUGUGUGUGUCUGAACUUCGCCCUGUGUGUGUGUGUGUGUGUGUGUGGUGCUCAGCAAAUCGCACAUGUGUGUACUUGGGGGGUUAAGGGACACACACACACACACACACACACACACACA